UAGCUGAGAAGUUCCAGCUAGGAAACUUCCAGUUCCAGGAAGAAAAAAAAAGGAAGAGAGGCCUCUCUCCACCCAUUCACUUGUGCCGUUCCAGACGAGUGUGUGGGAGUGCUGCCAACACAGGGCUUGAACGAGCUGAGCAACCCCAUGAGCUCCCAGGGAACGAGAAAUCUGGAGGAACUGUCACGGGCACAAGUUCUUCACACUAAAAAAUCUGCUUUGCAACACACACCAAGCAGGAUUUUGGCACUUCUGAGGAAACUCCUUUAGUGAGCCCAAAAUGGGCAAAUCAAACAACAAAACCAAACCAUAAAGCCUGAAGAGGAAGAAAUGCUUCUUAGUCGAUCACAUGUCUUAGCUCAGAACAAUCAUCUUGAAGUUUUGAAACUUCCCAAGAAAGAAUUUCCUUAUUUUACAGAAAAUCUGAGUACAGAAAGAUGAGCAACAGGAGUGUGGACCAAGAGCUUCUUGCAGCGAAGUCACAUGGAAGAAUCAUUUCUUCAAAAAUGAACAUCAGACACAGAAAAGUGUAUUCUUUCUAACGCUAACUCUGAAGUCUGGGGUUGACAAGAUGGGCUUAGAGAACCCCUUGCCUCCUCAGCAGCUCUGCCUCAUUGCCGUUGGAUUUUCUCUGUUGUCUUUGGCAGAGACAUAUGGAUUCAGUAAAUGUGCACAGUAUGAAUUGGACAUUCACCAUGUUUUCUGUAUUCGGAAGAAGAUCACCAACUUGACAGAGGCCAUUUCUGACAUCCCAGGAUACACUACUCACCUCAACCUGACACAAAACCAAAUUCAAACCCUUCCUCCUUACGGCUUUACUAAUCUGUCUGCUCUGGUAGACUUGCGACUGGAGUGGAACUCCAUUUGGAAGAUUGAGAAGAGGGCUUUUUGGGGACUUGAAAAUCUGACCCUUUUGAACUUGGUAGAAAAUAAUAUUCGCAGUGUGAACGACUCCUUUGAGGGCCUGUCCAACUUGGAGACUUUGCUCCUGAGCCAUAAUCAAAUUACCAAUAUUCACAAAAAUGCCUUUGUCUCUCUUUUCAAAUUGAAACACUUAAACUUGUCUAGAAACCAUAUUACCAAUUUUUCAAAUGUUCUCGAAGCAGUCCAGCAUCUCCCAUGCCUGGCAUACCUUGAUCUCACUCACAACAACAUCAGCAUCUUGGACCACAGCCCCAGGUCGUUGGUUUCCCUGACCCAGCUGAGCCUGCAGGGGAACAAGCUAAUGGAAUUAAAUUUCUCUGCUUUGUCACUGCCUAAUGUGACCACUCUGGAUGUCUCUCAGAACAGCAUGGCAGACAUCCAGCAUGUGGCUCUGGAGACUCUGCCCCAGCUGAGGAGUUUAAAUCUGAGUGGGACAUCAGUGAGAUUGGAGAUGCUUCCAGUCAAACACCUACAGAAUCUAAGUGAAAUAGACCUUAGCGACCAGGAGUUUAGAGGCAGUCAUUAUGUAAACGUCAGCAGUGUGUGUCAUUUCCUCAGAAACUUGCCUGUGUUAGAGGCCUUGGUCUUUAGGAAAAAGGCCACUGGGGCAGGGGACAUAAAACAUCUUGCCAACUGUACCAGGCUUUUGUCCCUUGACCUGAAACAAAACAUUAAUCUGGUUCACCUCAAUGACAGUGAGUUCAAUGGCUUACCCAGCCUCCAAAGGCUGCAACUGGACAGGUGCCAACUUUCCUUUGUCACCAACCAGACCUGGACUGUCCUCCAGAACUUGACGAUCCUAGAUCUCAGUCACAACAAGUUUAAAAGAUUUCCAGAUUUUGCAUUUUCACCCUUGAGGUCCCUACAAUUUCUUUUCCUCUCUAAAAAUCCCAUCACAGAACUCAGUGCUCUGGCCUUCUACGGGCUGUAUUCUCUGAAGGAGCUCAAUGUGGCUGGAUGCUGGAUAGUGCAAAUCGACAAAUAUUCCUUUGCUCAGUUUCCAAAUUUAGAGAUUUUAGACCUCGGAUACAAUAAUCUUCGAACUCUAAAAUCCAAAACCUUUCAUUUUCUGAAGAAACUCCAAGUUCUGAUUCUCUCCCAGAACCGCCUGAAUAGUAUAGAGAAGAAUGCAUUUUCUGGCCUUACUUACCUUACUAAACUUGACCUGGCAUACAAUAUCUUGUCAAGCUUCAGUGCAACUAUUUUUUUGGGCCUUGAAAAUCUAGAAGAUUUGAAUCUCAGUUUUAAUAAAAUUACAUAUGAAACCACCAGGACCUUAAGCUUUCCCCCAUUUAUGAACCUCAAGUCUUUGAAACAACUCAACCUAGAAGGACAAAUGCAUGGGAUUCAGGUUGUUCCAACCAACUUCUUCCAAGGGCUGAACGCCUUGCAGGAGCUACUCCUAGGCAAAAAUUCCAUGGUAUUCUUGGACCAUCUCCAAUUUGACUGCCUGACUAAUCUUACAAAGCUGGAUAUCUCAGGAACAAAAUCUGGAGACCGGAGUCUGUAUUUAAAUGUUUCCUUAUUUCGAAAACUCAAAAGACUACAAAUGCUGCGCCUGGAAAACAACAACAUUGAGUCACUGACUCCCGGUAUGUUCUCUGGCUUAGAAAGCCUUCAGGUCUUCUCUUUAAGAUUCAACAAUCUACAAGUCAUUAAUCAAAGUCAUCUGGAGAACUUGAAGUCCCUGAGAUACUUUGAUCUCUAUGGGAACAAACUUCGGUGCACCUGUGACAAUGUGUGGCUCAAGAACUGGUCCAUAAACACAGCAAAUGUCCAUAUUCCUUACCUCCGGAGCUACCCUUGUCAGCAGCCAAAUACCCAGAGUUUGUUGGUAGAUUUCGAUGAUGCUAUGUGCAAUUUUGACCUGGCGAAGGUUUACUUCUUCUGCUCUUUCAGUCUAGUCCUCACGACAAUGGUCUUCUCUUGGUUCGGUGCCAAAAUAACUUCAUCUCUAUGGUAUGGGCUGUACAUAUUUCGAGCCUGGUACCAGGCCAAGUGGCAUAGGACAGAGAAAGAGUUCCUCUAUGAUGCCUUUGUCUCUUUCACUGCCACUGAUGAGCAGUGGGUAUACGAAGAGCUUGUUCCAGCCCUCGAAAAAGAUGGCCAGCCCGCCUUUAAGCUCUGUCUUCACCACCGGGACUUUGAACCUGGGGUAGACAUCUUUGAGAACAUUCAGAAUGCCAUCAACACCAGCAGGAAGACUCUGUGUGUGGUCAGUAACCACUACCUGCACAGUGAAUGGUGCCGCCUCGAAGUGCAGCUGGCCAGCAUCAAGAUGUUCUACGAGCACCAGGAUGUCAUCAUCCUGAUCUUCCUGGAAGAGAUUCCAAACUAUAAGUUAUCCAGCUACCACCGACUCAGGAAACUUGUGAACAGGCAGACGUUUAUCACCUGGCCAGACAGUGUCCAUGAGAGGCCACUCUUCUGGGCUCGUAUUAGAAAUGCUCUGGGCAACAAGUCUGUGGAGAAGGACAAUGCACAGCUAAUUGUGGUUGAGUGACUGGAAGUCUUGGUGACCUCAAGGGCAAUGUUGUCCAAGGUGUGUGGAGGCUAAGGGUGUGACUGAGUGUUCAUGUUCUGCAGGGAAAAGGAUGUGAACUGCUUCUGGCCACGAGACCCGAGAUCAUGUGGUUAAUGUCUUUUGGGCAGUCGGAAGAGUGAAGGGGGCUGCUUGAGGAAUGGUGUCUGCACUCUAGGGGAUUAGUUAUCUGGAGAGCAUAUCUGUUACAUUAGGGAGACUUGGAAGACAUGUCACCUGACACUCUGGUGAUCAGGAGACCCCUCAUAGGUGCUUGAGAACAUUGUCCACCUAGUUUCUCCAAAUCAGUUUCUGUCAAGAUAGAACAAAUUGUACUUCUUCUAAGAAUCUGUAACAAUAGAAAGAUUGCAUACAGACCUCAAUAAAAGCAAAAAAAAAAAAAAAAAGAGAGAGAGAGAGACAUUGAGAUUCUGGUGUAUUCUUCUUUAGAGCAUAAGAUUCCAAUGGUCAGCUUCUUCCUCUGUUUAAGUCAGAGCCCAAGAGUUAAGAGAGGCCUAGUUUGGGCCCAUCAACUUACUUCAUGGAAAGCAGCCUUGACGAACUGCAGAAAUGAUCACCUGGCUAUAAUAAAACAGCCUUGAUAGAGCAGUUUCCGGCAGGGGCGUGGUCUCUAGUGUCUUCCUGCUUCAGACAUCAGACACAAACCAGCGUUCCGUAGUAGAUGAUGCCUGGCAGAAGCAACACCCAGCUUAGGGGCUGCGGCUCUUGUAUUAGGCAAAAGUGCUUCAAAUUUCUGCAGGCAGGACUUCCCUUCAGGAAAAGUGCUACGGAUUCCUGGAGCAAGAGGGACCAUAGGGACCCAAAGGAAGUCAGCCUGUAGUGCAAGUGGUAGCGCACGGACACUUCCGUGAUUGUCUCUCUGCAAGGACUUGGUCUUUAGUUGCUGGCUUCCUCCUUCUGUUUCCCCCGAUCCCUAAGGCUCUGGGAAGAGUUUGUUGAGGAAAACGGCCCUGAAGGGCAGAAGGUUUAGUGGCAGGGAUAACUGAACGAUUACUUCAGUGGAUCCCAGCCAGGCCUCUUUGUAACAUAAAUGAAGAGAGGUGGGCAUGUUUUGGACAAGACCUUUGUUAAACUGAUAGCCAGCAAUCCAGGGCAUGGAAACUGGCACUGUGUCAGACUUGAUGAAUGUUCAUCCAGUUGGCUGCCAUCCUCUCACCAUCCUCCUGUGGGAAUUUCUGUGAGAGCUGGAGAACUGACUCAAAAAUAAAACUGCUUAUCCAAGCCCUACAUUAAUACUGCAUUGUGCCAUGUAUAAUGCGCAUCCAUGCUUUUGUGCGCAUUAUACAUGGCAUUAUUAUGCCUGUUAUCAUGCCCAUGGUAUACAAUCACUAUGCCUAUGUAUGAUGUACUCCCUUAUUUCCCUCAAAAAUCUGGGCACAAAAAUGUGCAUUGGACACAGCAAAAUACAGUAACUAUCACCUCAGUAUUCCCUGCAUCCAAAUAACUGAUAUCCUAUAUUUUGAUCUUGUUCAUCCUUCAAGGUACACUCAAACAUUUCCCAGUCUCCUGAAUUGUGUAGAAAUGGAUGAAUAUUUUGAAAAAUGUAAAUAGUAAUGUGAGGCCAUUUGUGUGGGAGAUGAUAUCAUCAGCUGGAUGCUUAUGGGGUAAAUAUUACAUGGUAGCAGGACAUAACUUACAACUGCCAUAUGGACCAUGCAAGAAAAAUCAUAUUACUUAAUUUUCUUCAAAUCGAAUGAUAUCUGAUUUUGAGGUCCUGUUCUGCAAGACUGGUGGAAAACUCAAGCUCAAAUCGGUGUGGGCUCCUCACUUUUACACACUAACCCGUCAUGUUCUUGUGUAAAGAAAAAAAGUGGAGAGCUUCUGUAGAAAAGCAUUCAGGGGUUUUAAAAAACUAAAACUGACCUUUUAUUCUUUUGCAUCCUCAAAAAAAAACAAAAAACAAAAAACUUGGGGCAGUUUCUCCAGUCUUCAGUCCGCACUAAUUACCCCUUGCAUGCCCAGUGUCCAAGUCGGAUCUCUGAAAUCUGAGGGCUCUUCUGCCCCUGAGCUAUGCUUGGUGUGGCAUCUUUGCUGAAACUGGAGACAGCCAUUCCUUCCUGAAGUGCUAAUAACCUCCCUGGAGAUGGAGUGUGUCUUGGAUCCCACCACUCAAGGAAACAGCACACCUGUGUUCCUCUCCUGGCCUUGAAACUGGGCCUUAACCCUGAAAGAUAGAAGCCAGAUAGCACUAAGUAUGGCAAUUAAUAUCAGCUGACUAAGGUUUGAAGCUUGACUCAACCGGUUAGGAACUGUAACCCUGUUACCCAACCUCUCUAAACCUGUUUUUCAUUCUGUAGAAUCGGAAUAAUUAUAAUAGCUUUUUCUAGGCUGCUUUAAGGAUUGAAUGGAAUAAGGUAUAGACGGGUUUAGCAGGAUGCCUGGCCGGUCCAUAGAUGUUAGCUAUGAAAUUCUACUCCCUCAUGAUUGAAGGACCUGGGGCAGAAAGAGCAAUGGGUGCCAGAGGAUGGGCUUACUGAAGAGAAGCAGCUAGAAAUAUAAAGGCCAGCAGCUUUGUCCACCUCAACAUCUGCUAAAGGCCAUUCCUGAAGGGAAUCCUAGGCUGUUUUUUCUAAAAGGUUACAGUGUUGACAGUAGAGUGUUGCUUAAAAUUGUAGAGUACUAAUAUUCCUUGCUCUAGGGGACAUAUCCGUAAAAAUGUUGCUGCGUGGAAUAUCUGAGAUUUUCUUGCCUGCAUGGCUAAAGAAAACAGUAUUAAAUUAAAAAGACAACCAACUGUAUGGGAAAACAUAUUUGCCAAUGAUACCUCAGACAAAGGUUUAAUCUCCAAAAUAUACAAAGAACUUACACGACUCCACUCUAGGAAGACAUCGAACCCAAUUAAAAAAUGGGAAAAGGACUUGAACAGACACUUCUCUAAAGAGGACAUACAGAAUAUCCAGAGACACAUGAAGAGAUGCUCAAUAUCGUUAGCUAUCAGAGAGAUGCAAAUUAAAACCACAAUGAGAUACCACUUCACACCAGUCAGGAUGGCUAUAAUAGACAAAGCAACAAACAACAAAUGUUGGAGAGGGUGUGGGGAAAAGGGGACCUUAGUUCACUGUUGGUGGGAUUGCAGACUGGUACAACCAUUAUGGAAAACAGUAUGGAAUUUUCUCAGAAAAAUAAAAAUCGACCUGCCUUUUGACCCAGCAAUUCCACUGCUAAGAUUAUACCCCAAGAAUCCUAAAACAUCAAUUUCAAAGAACCUAUGCACCACAAUGUUCAUAGCAGCACAAUUUACAAUAGUCAAGAGUUGGAAGCAACCUAGGUGCCCAUCAGUAAAUGAAUGGAUCAAAAAAUUGUGGUACAUAUACACCAUGGAAUUCUAUGCAGCAGAGAGAAAGAAGGAGCUACUACCUUUUGCAACAACAUGGAUGGAACUGGAAAGCAUUAUGCUGAGUGAAAUAGGCCAGGCAUUGAAGGACAAAUACCAUAUGAUCUCACCUUUGACAGGAAGCUAAAGAAUAAAACAAACAAGCAAACAGAAUAAAAACAAAGACUCUGAAAUAGAGAACA